AUGCAGGCGACCAGACUUGAGCCUCCUCGCGCAGACAGGAAGCUCGACGGUCCCAACCCUCUACCGCAGCUCAUCCAGACCCCUUCCGGACUCGCCCUCCUCGAGCUCCAGGGCAAUAUCAACCUUCCGAAGGGCGCGGACGGCCAACCGCUGUCCGACGUGCACAUUGGGCGCAUCACCUUUCCCGACUACGAUCCCGCGGCGGCGCCGACUAGCACUGCGUGGAUGAAGUGCGUAUACAUGUUUGUCGGCCAGCACCAGCGGCUGACAGGCGAGGUGCGCAAGCUGCCGCGGGCCGUGGCCGUGGUACGCCGGCGUGAAAACAGACUCGAGUACGGCUCGGGCGGCGCGCACAUGGAGGAGGGCGAGAACCUAGAAGUGGUGGAGAUUAUAAAGUACAAGCUCAUUUUUAGCAACCGCCCGGAACCGGUGGGAACGGAGAAGGCGGCUUGA